AUGGCUCCGAAGGACACCUUCUUCCGCUCGUCGGAUAUGAGCUUGACGCAGCUCUAUAUCGCGAAUGAGAUCGGUCGUGAGGUUGUUAGCGCCCUUGGUGAGCUUGGGCAGGUGCAGUUUCGGGAUCUCAACCCCGAGACGAAUGCAUUCCAGAAGACAUUUACGAAGGAGAUCCGUCGGUUGGACAAUGUUGAACGGCAGCUCCGUUACUUCCAUGCCCAGAUGGACAAGGCUGGGAUUCAGAUGAGGCCGUCAUCUGAGUUCUCCGAUACCUUGGCUGCUCCGUUGGCCUCAGAGAUCGAUGAGCUUGCCGAACGCAGCGAGAGCUUGGAGCAGCGGAUCGCCUCUCUGAAUGAUAGCUACGAGACAUUGAAGAAGCGCGAGGUCGAGCUGACCGAAUGGCGUUGGGUCUUGAGAGAGGCCGGAGGUUUCUUCGACCGUGCUCACACCCAUACCGAAGAAAUUCGUCAGUCCUUCGACAACGAUGAGGCGCCUCUUCUCCGUGACGUCGAGCAGCAGAACCACCGCGGUCAGAACGGCGACGCACAGGGCCAGCAGUCUUUCCUCGAGAUGAACAUCGGGUUUGUCUCUGGUGUCAUCCCUCGCGACCGGAUCGGCGCCUUUGAGCGGAUUCUGUGGAGGACGCUGCGUGGUAACCUUUACAUGAACCAGUCCGAGAUUCCGGACCCGAUCGUCGACCCGACUACAAAUGAGGAGACACAGAAGAUGGUUUUCGUCAUCUUCGCUCAUGGAAAGAACAUUAUUGCCAAGAUCAGAAAGAUCUCCGAGUCUCUCGGAGCUUCGCUCUACGGCGUCGACGAGAACAGUGAGCUGCGUCGGGACCAGAUCCACGAGGUUAACACGAGGUUGAGCGAUGUCAACAAUGUGCUCCGGAACACGAAGAACACCCUCGACGCGGAGCUUUCUCAAAUCGCCCGCUCGCUGGCCGCUUGGAUGAUCAUUGUCAAGAAAGAGAAGGCUGUUUACGACACUCUUAACAAGUGCUCGUACGAUCAAGCUCGAAAGACUCUGAUUGCGGAGGCUUGGUGUCCUACAAACUCUCUGGCAUUGAUCAAGUCGACCUUGCAGGACGUCAAUGACCGUGCUGGUCUCAGCGUGCCUACGAUCGUCAACCAAAUCCGCACCAACAAGACCCCUCCUACGUAUGUCCGAACCAACAAGUUCACCGAGGCCUUCCAGACUAUCGUCGAUGCGUACGGUAUCUCGAGGUACUCGGAAGUCAAUCCUGGUCUGUAUACUGUGGUUACCUUCCCCUUCCUGUUCGCCGUCAUGUUUGGUGACUUCGGUCACGGUUUCCUCAUGGCUAUGGCUGCUGCUGCCAUGAUCUUCUGGGAAAGACAGUUGUCGAAGACGAAGCUCGACGAACUGACGUACAUGGCUUUCUAUGGUCGUUACAUCAUGCUUAUGAUGGGUAUCUUCUCCAUGUACACCGGUCUCAUCUACAACGAUAUCUUCUCCAAGUCGUUCACCGUCUUCGCGAGUUCCUGGAAGUGGCCUGACAAUAUCGAAGAAGGCCAUUCUUAUGAGGCGUCUUUGAAGGGCAGCUACCGUUUCCCCUUCGGUUUGGAUUGGAACUGGCAUGAGGCUGAGAACAGUCUGUUGUUCACUAACUCGUUGAAGAUGAAGAUGAGUAUUGUCCUUGGUUGGGCACACAUGACCUAUGCCCUUAUCCUGCAGUAUGUCAACGCUCGCCAUUUCAAGUCCAAGGUCGACAUUAUCGGAAACUUCAUUCCUGGCAUCAUCUUCUUCCAGUCGAUCUUUGGUUACCUUGUUAUCACAAUCAUCUACAAGUGGUGCGUGGAUUGGCCGGCUAGGAACCAGUCGCCCCCUGGCCUCCUCAACAUGCUCAUCUUCAUGUUCCUGUCUCCCGGAUCAGUGGAGGAAGAACUCUACUCUGGACAGGCCACCGUCCAAGUUUGUCUCCUGCUCCUUGCUGUCGUCCAGGUUCCCAUCAUGCUCUUCUUCAAGCCGUUCUACCUCCGCCGUGAGCACAACCGCGCCCGCGCCCUCGGCUACCGCGGCCUUGGCGAACACUCCCGCGUCAGCGCCGUCGACGAGGAUGGUGACCUUGACGGCCCCCGCGCAAGCACAACCAGCGACGGUGAAGGCGUUGCCAUGAUCGCCCAGGACCUCGAAGAAGAGCACGAAGAAUUCGACUUCUCCGAAAUCAUGAUCCACCAGGUCAUCCACACAAUCGAGUUUUGCCUUAACUGUAUCUCCCACACAGCCUCCUACCUGCGUCUUUGGGCCCUCUCCCUCGCCCACCAACAGCUCUCCAUUGUCCUCUGGGAUAUGACACUUGGCACCGCAUUCGACCAAGAAGACCCCACCAUCCGCACCAUCAUGAUCGUCGUUACCUUCUACAUGUGGUUCACGCUCACCAUCGCCAUCCUCUGUGUCAUGGAGGGAACUAGUGCCAUGUUGCACUCUCUCCGUCUGCACUGGGUUGAGGCCAUGAGCAAGCACUUCAUGGGCGAGGGUAUUCCCUUUGUGCCGUUUAGCUUCAAGACCCUGCUGGAUGAGGAUCCUGUUGACUAG